GGUUAUCGGGGGUCGAAUGGACCGCAACAUGGUCCCUAGUUUAAGAAUAAGUAGUCGGUGGUGAACAGUGGUGAAGACAGUGCGCUGAAAAUUCAUAAUGGUGUCGGAAGUUAUUUCGGGAUUACAAGUUUCUAAAUCGAUAGAGAAUGACCUGCGUCAGCAAGUGUCAGAGCUGCGCACGCGCGCCGCAUGGUUCCAGCCGCGACUGGCCAUCGUGCAGGUGGGGGGGCGGGAGGACUCCAACGUCUACAUCCGGAUGAAGCUGCGCGCUGCAGAGAACAUCGGCAUCAAAGCUGAACACAUCCGGUUCUCUAAGGAUAUCACCGAGUCUGAGUUACUGGCUGAAAUAACGAAGUUGAACGAGUCGCCGGCGGUUCACGGCAUCAUAGUGCAGAUGCCGCUGGACACCAACCACCAGAUCGACUCGCAUAAGGUCACCGACGCCGUCGCCGCCGACAAAGAUGUCGAUGGUUUGAACACGAUCAACGAAGGCAAAGCCGCAGUAGGCGACUUGUCAGGCUUCAUACCGUGCACGCCAGCUGGUUGCGUGGAGCUGAUCAAGCAGACAGGAGUAACUAUUGCCGGGAAGAACGUGGUGGUGUUGGGAAGGAGUCGCAUUGUUGGCACCCCCGUCUCGGAGCUGCUCAAGUGGGAACAUGCCACCGUCACCGUCUGCCACUCCAAGACUAAGAAUCUGAGUGAGAUUACGAAGUCAGCCGAUAUCCUGGUGGUAGCCAUCGGCCGGCCAGAGAUGGUCAAAGGCUCCUGGAUCAAGCCCGGAGCUGUGGUCAUCGACUGCGGAAUUAAUCCUAUCAGUGAUCCAUCAAAAGCCAGUGGGCAGCGUUUGGUGGGUGACGUGGCGUACGCGGAGGCGCGGGAAGUCGCGGCCCACGUGACCCCCGUGCCCGGCGGCGUGGGGCCCAUGACCGUGGCCAUGCUGAUGAAGAACACCGUGCUGGCUGCUAGGCGACAGCUCGAACGGAUACUGGCGCCGUCAUGGCCACUGCAACCGCUGAGAAUCAAGCCUUUGGACCCACCACCGAGUGACAUCGAAAUCGCUCGCUCUCAGAAACCAAAAGAUAUUGCGGAGUUGGCUCACGAAAUCGGUCUGUAUCCCAACGAGGUGUCGCAGUAUGGACGCACCAAGGCCAAGAUCUCACUCUCCGUGCUCGACAGGUUGAAAGACCAGCGCGAUGGGAAAUACAUUGUGGUUGCUGGAAUCACGCCAACUCCUCUCGGCGAGGGCAAGAGUACCACACUAUUAGGGUUGGUGCAAGCGCUCAGCGCGCAUCGCGGGAAGAAUGCAUUCGCCUGCAUGCGGCAGCCCAGUCAGGGACCUACUUUCGGGGUCAAGGGGGGCGCUGCGGGAGGGGGCUACUCUCAGGUCAUACCAAUGGAAGAAUUCAACCUGCAUCUGACAGGAGACAUCCACGCGGUGACAGCCGCCAACAACCUGCUGGCCGCGCAGAUGGAUGCGCGCAUCUUCCACGAGGCCACGCAGAAGGACGGGCCUCUGUAUGAUCGCCUUGUGCCAAAGAUCAAAGGCGUUAGAAAGUUUUCCCCAAUUCAGCUGAGAAGACUGAAGAAACUCGGCAUCGACAAGACAGACCCUGACCUGCUGACCCCGGAGGAGCGGAGCAAGUUCGCCAGGCUGGACAUCGACCCCGAGAAGGUCAUGUGGAACAGAGUGGUGGAUCUAAACGACAGAUACCUCCGUAAGAUUACAAUCGGUCAAUCUCCCACCGAGAAGGGUCUGACCCGCGAGACCUGUUUCGACAUAUCCGUGGCGUCCGAGAUCAUGGCCAUCCUGUCGUUGGGCAAGGACGUGGACGACAUCAAGGAGAGGCUCGCCAGCAUGGUGGUGGCUCUGGACAGGCAAGGGCGACCGGUUACUGCUGAUGACUUGGGUGUGACCGGAGCCCUGAUGGUGCUGCUGAAGGACGCGUUCGAGCCGACGCUGAUGCAGUCGCUGGAGGGCACGCCGGUGCUGGUGCACACGGGCCCGUUCGCCAACAUCGCGCACGGCUGCUCCUCCAUCCUGGCCGACAAGAUCGCCAUGAAGCUCGCGCGCGAACACGGAUACGUCGCCACUGAGGCCGGCUUCGGAUCCGAUAUUGGCAUGGAGAAGUUCUUCGACAUAAAGUGUCGUUCGAGCGGCGCGCGGCCGCACUGCGCCGUGCUGGUGAGCACGGUGCGCGCGCUCAAGAUGCACGGCGGCGGGCCCGCCGUCAGCCCCGGCGCGCCGCUGCAUCAGGUCUACGUGCAGGAAAAUCUGGACUUGCUCAGCAAAGGGCUGUGCAACUUAGGGAAACACAUUAGUAAUGGCAACAAAUUCGGAGUGCCCGUCGUCGUCGCCCUCAACAAACACGGCAACGACACGCCGGCCGAGCACGCGCUCGUGCUGGAGUACGCGAUGUCGCAUGGCGCCUUCCGCGCUGUGACGUGCUCACACUGGGCGGCGGGCGGCGCGGGCGCGCUGGCGCUGGCCGACGCUGUGGUGGCCGCGUGCGACGAGCCGCACCGCUUCCACUUCCUCUACCCGCUGCCGCUCUCAAUACAGGACAAGAUUCACAAGAUCGCUACCGAGAUGUACGGCGCGGGCGAGGUGCACUAUACCGACGAUGUGCUGCUGAAGAUCGAAUCGUUCACGAGAUUGGGCUACGACAAACUUCCAAUCUGCAUGGCGAAGACAUCGAACUCCCUCACAGGCGACCCGGCCGUGAAGGGGGCGCCCACGGGCUUCGUCCUCAAGAUCAACGACAUCUUCGUGUCCGUGGGCGCCGGGUUCGUGGUGCCCAUGGUGGGGGAGAUCUCCAAGAUGCCCGGGCUGCCCACGCGCCCCGCCAUCUACGACCUCGACCUCGACACUAAGACCGGAGAAAUACAAGGACUCUUCUGAAUUCGACCAAUAAAUUGUUUUUGUUAUUAA